GAGUGUCUUUUAAAAAGACCGGCCUGUUGAGAGGACUGUUGCACAGCAGGCGAAAGCUAGAAAAGAGAAAACAGAGAGAGAGAGAGAGAGAGAGAGAGAGAGAGUAGCAGAAUGGCUUCUUCUACGACGCGGCAGAGACGGCCAGUGCCGUCGGAUCUUUCUUCAUCGUCGUCGUCUACGUCGUACACGAAGCUCGAAAAGCCGGAGAGAUCGGACGGCGGAGACGAGGUGGACAGGGGAUUGGGGUGGACUUUCCCACUGUUGGCCCUAGGUGUGCUAAGGUACAUGAGCGCUACAUCGAACAUCAUACAUGAUUGCGACGAGGUCUUCAACUAUUGGGAGCCUCUUCACUAUCUCAUCUACAAAUCUGGCUUCCAGACUUGGGAAUACAG